GGCCCAAGCUCCGCUGCUGACAAGCGCAGAACUCAACCUCUUAUCUACCUCUUCCCUUUGAAACAUUCGCCUCUUCACUCUUCCCCUUUGUGACCGGCCAGCAUAUGCAUGUAUCGCGGCUCUCAAGGAUGGCUCAGAAUUCAUCAGUACCCAAGAGCAGUUGCGUCAAGGCAGCGCUCGACCGUAUCUGGGAUCUCGACUUCAAGCCCAGGAUCCCGACCCCAGAUUAUCCACCCAUCUCGAGCAUACCCCGGACAUCCCCAGAUCGGCUCCAGCGGGCAACACCCAAAGAGCCUCCCGUCGAUCACCUCCCGUCAUUAUCGCCGUCAGCCAACGACUACCUUUACGACCACACCGCAUCCGUGCCGACCGUCCUCUAUCUCGCGUACGGCUCGAACCUCUGCGCCCAGACUUUCCUCGGCCAGCGCGGCAUCCGCCCCGUCUCCGCCGUCAACGUCUCGGCGCCGUCUCUCCGGCUGACGUUCGACCUUCCUGGCAUCCCCUACAAGGAGCCAUGCUUCGCGAACACAGCUGUGAGGAAGAUACCGAAGCACCCGCCGAUCCCGGACCCGCCGGGAAAGGUGCCUGACCUCCCUCGUCCACCGCCGUACACGUUCCCCCCUCAGUCCGACGUGUCGGACGCUGCAGGUGUGGACAAGCCCUCGGCUCCACAACACACUGGGGCGCGUGGACAUGUCAGCUCAAAUGCACACGGUGAUCCAGAGUGGGACAAGGGCCUUAUCGGCGUGGUCUACGAGGUCACGCCAGAGGACUACGCAACAAUAAUCAAGACCGAAGGCGGCGGCUCUGCAUAUCAGGACAUUCUUGUGCCAUGCAUCGCCAUACCGAACAGGGUCGGAAUCCCAGAAGACCCACCUAUCCCAGAGCUUCCGAAGCCUUUCUUUGCGCACACGCUGUUCGCGCCGCGGAUUCCGGAGAAGCCUGACGACGGCGAUGGGGACGACGGCAACAAAGAAAAGAAUGGUGCAAGGGCACCUGGAGACGGAAAUGAUGGGGAUGACGAUGGGGACGGGGACGACAAGACCCCGCUGGACAGGCUCAAGGAGUGGUGGCAGGACAUGCUGCUCAAGCCCAUAAGGCCCGACCCGGAGUACGCGCAGCCGUCGGCGCGGUACCUGAAGCUCAUCGCGGACGGCGCGGCCGAGCACGGGCUGCCGGACGAGUACCAGGCGUGGCUGGCGAAGCUGCAGCCGUACACCAUCACCUCGCGGCGGCAGACUAUAGGGCAGUUCCUGCUAAUCGGCCUGGUCAUGCCCCUCAUGAGCCUGUUCUUUGGCUUGAGCAAGUGGCUGGCUGAUGACAGAGGCAGGAUCCCGCUCUGGCUCGGCUUGUACAUGGAGACUUUGUUCCACGUUGUUUGGCUGGGAUAUGAUAGGGUCUUCAAGCCCGUGUUUGGGGAUGGGGAGAGGACCGAGGACGAGGAUGAGAGGCGCAGGCAGCGCGGUCCAAGGAGGCUGUUGAAGAAGUCACGCAUCAACAGGGAUGAAGAGAAGUUGGCACUUAUCCCUGAAUGACUCUAGGUUGAAGUGAAUUUUGCAAUAGGAAAUCAAAGAGUACAUGACGGAUGGACAAACGAAUUCCUUGUCUGAAUAACGACAUCUGGGGUCGUGUGUGGAAUGGAAUCUUAGGUAGAUUGCACAUGGUUCCAGCGAACUCAGUUUAGCAAUGAAUCAGCUGUCUUGAAGUA